GCGGGCAACGCACAGCAGGAAUGCCAUUUUCGUCUAGACACGCCAUCACGCCCGUUGCAGUUGGGGCAGUUCGACGCCCGAGCCGAAAUUUGUCGCCACGAUCAACACGUUUUAAAGUUUCAUUUUUUCGCAGCAAUUCCCACGUGGAGGACGUGCGGCCUGGCCCCUCGAACCCUGUCGAACCAUCGGAACAACGCGCGUUACGAUUGCUGGCAGUGCUUCCGUCUGCUCCCCCCCCCCCAGCAAACAAAUCGCAAACGUUUUUUUUCCCUUACUAAUACACCGUCCCCUGUGGCACCCUUUUGCUUUGCAGAUGAGCCGGGCAAUGGGUCGUCCUCGUCCCGGGCCGGCUCGACCACGAUCCACCCGCUGUUCGGUGGGGGCGCCUGCCGCUGGCCCGGCUGCGAGCGCGUGUUCGACGAGUUCGACGACUUCUACAGCCAUCUGCACUCGGACCACAUCAACGGCGACUACUCGGCGGCCCAGGCCCGCAUCCAGAUGGAGGUCGUCUGCCAGCUGCACCUGCAGCUGCAGAAGGAGCGCGACCGGCUGCAGGCGAUGAUACUGCACCUGAACAAGAAGAACGAGAUGCUGCGGGCCACGCCGGCCGCCGCCCUGUUCGGCGGCUCCUUUCUGUCCCAGCUGCCGGCCAUACCGCCGCCGCCGCCACCGCCGGCACCAUCAACGCAGCCGCCAUCGGCCGGCUCGAGCGCCGCCCAGCCGGGAGGGAACGUUACGCCCGUCGGGCCGUUCGAUCUGAUCGCCGGGCUGCGCUUUCCGGCCGAGCUGGCCGCCGACAUGGUGCAGGGUGCGUUCGGGGGCGUCCGGCUCACCCACCCGCAGCAUCACGUCGGGCUGGGCGGUGCGGCACAUCAUCUACACCAUCACCACGGUGCCCAGCAGCAGCAGCAGCAGCAGCAGCAGCAGCAUCACCACCAUCACCACCAGCCGGCGCUACAUUCGCUGUCGCCACCGGGUGCUGGGUCGCUGGCUGCGGCAGCUGGUGGCACGGGCGGCACGAAGUCGUCCAAGGGCGGUGGAGCGGUCCGGCCCAAGUACUUCUCGCCCCAGGACAGCGACGAGCUGAACUAUCCGGACGUGCAGGACGAUGUCCACAAGAACAGGGAGUUCUACCGCAGCCACGACGUGCGGCCACCGUUCACGUACGCGUCACUGAUCCGCCAGGCCAUCAUAGAAUCACCCGAGAAGCAGCUGACGCUGAACGAAAUCUACAACUGGUUCCAGAACACGUUCUGCUACUUCCGGCGCAACGCGGCCACCUGGAAGAACGCCGUACGGCACAACCUGUCGCUGCACAAGUGUUUCAUGCGGGUGGAAAACAUUAAGGGCGCCGUGUGGACGGUGAACGAGGCCGAGUUCUGCAAGCGGCGCCCCCAGAAGCUCGGCAUCAUGCAGUUUAAGUUCCAGCAGCAGCAGCAGCACAACCAGCAGCAGCAGCACCACCACCAUCCCUCCCAGCAGGGCGGCACCGGACACCAGGGCGGCAAGAAGAAGCAACAGUCGCCGGCAGUGACGCUGGCCUCGGCUGGGUCGUCGUCGUCACCGCCGCCACCGCACUCGGGGUCGCCCCGUGCAGCGGCCGCCAUCGUCGCCAGUGUUGCCAGCACGCUCAAGGCGCCGCCGCCACCGCCGCCAUUUUUCUACAAACGAACGCGAUACGCACCAACCUGUCGCUGCACAAGUGCUUCGUCCGGUACGAGGACGACUUCGGCUCGUUCUGGAUGGUGGACGAUCACGAGUUUCUCAAGCGGCGGCACCUGUCCCGCGGCCGCCCCCGGAAGUACGACAUCUCGAUGCCCCCGCUGGCCGACCCGCCGGCAGCCGGUGCCGGCGGCCCGCUGCCGACGCCGCCGGCCGCCCCUCCGGCCCGGCGUCCGAGCAGGGGGACCGGGCCGGGUCGCUCCACUCGCCGGCGGACACGAUCGGACCGGACGGCGGUGGCGCCGGCGGGUACGGGGAGGAGGGCGAGUACGGCCGGGAGCCGACGAGCGGGCCCACCGGCAGCCGGCCGGUGCCGGAGAAGGAGCUGCAGCACGGAGGAGGCCAGCGCCACCAGCCCGCCACCAAGAAGCCGGACUACAGCAGACGGUAACGCAAGCCGGUAGCGGAGGGGAAAGCGUCCCUGCCACCAUUGCCGUGGUUCCCUUUUCCUCCUCCCCCACUAGCAUCCGGGAUUUAACACACUUUCAGCAUUCACACACACACUCACACACGCUCCUCAGCAGGACGCAAAAGGACGGUGCAAACGUUUGGUUUUUUUUUUUCUCUUCUGAAGAAUUGCAGAAUUUUCGGCGGACUCUUUUUCUCUUCCCCGUAGGUUUCUGUCUAGGUCAACGAACUCCGGCAACCGAAUUGCUCAAUGGUUAGACAAGUGUUGGGAGGGGCUCUAAAUGUCCCUUGUUUCAUUUCAAAAGUGUUGAUUCCAUUUCAUUUCAUUCCCGGGCGGCAAAGUUUCUUCCCACUUUCUAGGCUCUAGGUCCGGCGUAGAAGACAUCCGGCGCACUCCAACCGGCACUGGCGAUGAAAGGGAUGUGGCGUUGUGGCGAUGUUAAGUGUCCAAUAAAGAGGAUGAUACCUCUCUCACUUUCAACCGAAACACUUUACGCUGAAGGGCGCAAAGGCUUCGAGCGAUCGAA